AGCGAUGGCCUUCGGCACCUGAGAAGCGGAGAGCGACCGCCGCCCGCUGAGGGACUGAGACCCCCUGGAGUGUGAUCUUGUGGAUUCAGAGCUAAGGGGCUGGCGGGGUCGUGCGGGCCUCGGGGUGCAAACAAUGGCUAGAAAACAUGAGCAUUUUGGAUUAAGAUAUUUAGAAGAGCUGAAUAUACUUAAGGAACGUGAAAAUAUUUGCAAAGAAUCUCGGCGGGAAUUUCUGAGGUUUAAACAAGAAACAACUACUGCUCCUACAGAUCUGAGCAAACCUUUGUUGGAAGUGACAGCACCAGAAGAAUCUAUGCAAUCUAUUUUGUCGCAGAGUUCAGGACUUGAAGCUCCACUCCUAUUUACUGAAAGUGCACAAUUUCCUUUUGAAUUAGAUACUGCUAAAAUUAAAAAAAAAGUAAGGAUUUCUCCUGACAUAAUAGACACACAAAAACAAACAGAAGAUGUCAAAACUCAGCAAAAAAUAUCUUCUAAAAAGGAACCUAGUAUUGACAAAAAACAGAGUCAUGCUUCUAGAAAGGCAAAUCUGGAAUGUAAAAGUGAUAAUCUAGAAUAUGAAGGUGAAAAAGCACCAGUAGUAAUAGCUUCUUUAGCGGGUACGAGCAAACAACUUACUAUAUCAAAGAAACCAGAGCCUCCACAAAAAGCUAAAUAUCAGAAGGUUGUUAGGAGAAAAUCACAGUCCAAAUCCCCUGUCUUUCUACAACAAGACAGUACUCUUAUAGAACAAAUGGACAAAAAAAUACUUUCAGAACAUGCAAGACAUAUCAUCGCAGUACCCAGCACUUUCACUACAGAAACGGAUGACUCACAUUCUGUGAUUUCUAGUUUAAGUGAAAAAUCUAAAAUUACUAAAGAACAUUCAAAACGAAGUCCACAGGGUUCUCUGGCUGACUUUGAAAAACCGCAGAGCAAAAAAGACAGUGCCUCAUCUAGUGCAAAGUCUGUUCCAGAAUCUAUGGAAGAAAUUUUGAGUAGAAGUAGAUCAGGUAUUUCAAAAGUGCAUGUAAAAUAUUUUUCAAGGAGUAAGUCACAAAUGCAGGCUUCUGCUCAUAAGUUGUCUUCUGGACCAUCUCAGCGAUCUAUUGAUGAAAUAAUUGCAUCCCUGACAUCUACCGCUCCAACUGCCUCAGACUUGAGGAUCAAAGAACUCGUGGAGAGUAUCCUUGGCCAGGACUACAACAUAAAAAUAGAACUACCCGCUGUUAAAAAAGAAACUCAGUCAAGUGAAUUAGCUAUGGAAGUUACAUCAGCAGGACCGGAACAGGUGACACCAUCAUCAUCUGUUGGAACAGAACUCUGGAUGACAGAAGUUGAAUCUCCAGUUGAAGCUGUAACUGAACAAGUUACACCAGCAGAUACUGAACAAACAAAACUGGAAACAAUUGCAAGCCCACAGAAGGAAAGUGUUUUCUAUGAAGUGGAGCAGAAGGCCCCAACAGUUGAAGAUACUGCCAAAGUUGAGGACAUACCUGAAAGCUCAAAAAGGGGAAGCAUUUUCUUUAAAGAGGAAGAAGAAGCCUCUAAAGAUAUCCCAGGAAGCUCACAAAGGGGGAAUGUUUCUUUCAAGACACAACAAGAAUCCUCCCAAAUGCAAGAAGAGACUGCCAAAGUUGAGGACACAUCAAGAAGCUCACAAAGAGGAGGCAUUUAUUACAAAAUACAGCAAGAGGCCCCCAAAGAGGAAUAUACUGCUAAGCUUGAGACACAAGAAGAAUUGACUGAAAAAGCUGAAGAGAAACCAGUUUGUGGCUUGAGAAUACCUUCGCAAGAGAUACAGAGUAUACGUGAAAGUGAAUCAGGUUCAUCUUUAGAUAUUGAACAGAUACAAGAAUCAGUUUCUUCAAUGGCAAAAGAUUGGAAGAAAUGUAAAACUGAAGGAUCAGAGGAAUCUCUGUUUCCAGGCAUGGGUUUGACAAUAAAAGGAAAAGCAUUUUCAAAGGUUAAACCAGUAGAAAUCCAGAAAAGUUUAGCAGAUGUUUCUGAACCACAGCCUUUAUCUCUGCUUUCUACGUGGACUACAAAGAUCAAAGAUGUGGAUUACCCACUUAUUCACCUUCUGUGUACAGGUUAUCCUAGAUGCAUAUUGCCUAUUAAUCUGCAGCUUGUGUCCAGAGUGCACCAUACCUUAGACAAAAAGGGCCAUCAUGUUUUAUUGCCAUCGGUUAAUCUUACCUCUCACAAAUCAGAAGAUUUCUUUCCAGCCACUGCUGCCCUUGAGGAACAAAUGGAAGGAGAAAGAAUUUGUCAUGAAGGACUUCCUAUUUCAGAAGUAUACCAUACCAAAGCGGAAGAUGGAAUUAAGGUUCUGCCUCCACGGUCACCAAGAAGUAUGCCUGAAUGGCAAAGAGUAGCCGAAUAUUAUGUUGAAAAACCUCAAUUGGAAUUGUUAGGAAAGCAAGUGAAACUUCAUCCAGCGUCGCUCAAAAUGUUUUGGACACCAGCUCCACAAAAAUUCGCUGCUUCUCUUUCUCUUAUGAAAGAAACCUUAUUUUCAAAGUAUGAGAGCAAUUUGAUUAGUGGAGUUAUUUAUGAAAACUUUUCCUGUGAUCUUCGAGACAAAGAAGAAUCAGAUUCUGAUGACGACUUUGACAACAUACUUUCAAAUUUAACACUACGUAGACGAUGUAGUUCUUGUCCACAGCUUUUUUUUUCUGGAAGUGAAUCAGAGGUAGAUUCAAUUAGAAGAACAAAAAGUGCUCCAGAAUUGUCAUCAUACAGAGAUAAAACAAGUUUAAAGAUUUCUACAAAUUUCAGAACCACUAUGGAAGAGAUUAGUAUUAUGAAGAAACACAUUUCUUCAGCAGAUGCUGAAGCUGUUAUUCCAGAAACUAAAAUUUCUUCUGCAAAGCUUCAGGAAAUCAAAACUGUUCCUAAUCAGAUAAUUUUGCCUACCAGUCAGGGAAUUUCUACUACAGAAAGAGAUUCUGAUUCCGUUCUGACAAGUACAAUGAAAUUAGCAGCAGGAAGUCUUUUUUCCUCUGCUACAGAACCUGCUGAGCAUGUUCCACCUCUGGAUGACAUAGCCCUUGCUGAAAAAGCGCGAAAAGCUGGGAUUACAUACAUAGUUUUCCCAAAGAAAACAUCUAGAAGGAAAUCACUGAAAUCAGGGAGAUGUAUUACUCCUCAAGUAUUGGAAACUGUAUGUGAGAAAUUAAAUGAACCUCCACGGAUUCUUAAAAGGUCAGUGUCUCUGGGGAAGCUUCCUACACAUAAUAAAUUCAUAAUCCAAGUAUCUCGAGCAGUUCAACAUUAUCGAAGUCCUAGUCUUCCAUGUUGGCUAGAUUUUGCAAAAUUUCUGGAAGAACAAGGUAGAAAGCCUGAAGACACCGAUGAUUAUCUUUUCGUCAGAAUGAUCUGGAAUAAAUGGUUUGAUGAGCUGUACCCUCCUAGUAGGCCAUCUACAGAAGAUAAGUCAGUAUCAAGCAAAAAGGAACCAGAGGAAGAAACAAAGGAAAAAGAAAUAACAGAUUCAGUGAACCCUCUUCUUAUAGAAGGCAGAACAGAGGAACUUGAGCAAUGUCUGUCUGAGAUUAAUAGAAUAAGUCAGAUAAAUGAAGAAUGUUUAUCUGCAUUUAAUUAUUGUAGGCGUGGAGCACUAUAUAGGAAAAUAGGCAAAAUGAAGGCAGCUAUGGACGAUUUGGAAAAGGCAAUAAGCUUAGAACCAAAGCUGGUUAAUGCAUAUUGGCACAGACAUUUACUUUUUCUUUACCAUAAUAAAAUUCUUCAAGCACUGGAAGACCUGAAUUUCAUAAUAAAGUGCAACAAGAAUAAUGCAGAUGCUUAUCUGUCAAGAGCUGAUAUAUAUAAAAGGCAAGGGGAUAAUUCUUUAGCAAUUAUAAAUUACACUCUUGCUGUGAGAUGUAGACCUACUGAUGAUGAAAUAUAUUACAAGAGAGGUGAAGCCUAUGAACAAGAAGGUGAUUUACUAUUGGCGAUGGAAGAUUAUUCCAAAUGUCUUUGCUAUAAUCCCAAAAGAAUAGAUGCACUCAUGAAGCAUGGAAUAUAUUACUUUAACAAAUCUGCCUGGAAUGUAGCUAUUAAUGAUUUUACAACUGUGAUAGAAGAAGAUCCAAAUAAUGCCGAAGCAAGAACCUAUCGAGGAAGAGCACAUCUUAAACAAAAGCAAUAUAAAAAUUCAGCUGAGGAUUUCUCUGCUGCGAUUCACUUGAAUCCUCGCAAUUGGCUUGCAUACUACUAUAGAGGUUGUAUUUUGCGGAAGAUUGAUCCAAAACAAGCCCUGCAGGACUUCAGCAUUUCUGUACUUCUUGAUGACAGUUAUGACAAUCUUGGUGCUUUCCUUCACCGUGGAGUCUUGUAUGCAGAACAGAAACAGUGGAUGCUGGCAAUCUAUGAUUUUAAAAGUGCACUAGAAUUGGACAGGUACAUCUUAUUUCCUUCCUUAGGACAGUAUUUACUUGCAAUGAAGAAUUAUGAACUUGCAAGUUUCUGUAUAUACCAAGUGGCUAAAAUGGACCAAGGAUCCCUUGAAUGUUCUCUUGUUCAAGAAGCACUCGUUCAGUCAUUUUGUCAGAAUCAUAACAAAGCUAUUGAGUGUGCACUAUCAGUUACCAAACAGGAGCCUGAGCCUGCCAUGUUUGUUCUGCUUGGAAAAAUCCAAAUGAAAGCCAGAAAACACAAGGAUGCAAUAGCUAGUUUUAAACAGGCGUUAAAGUUGCUGACUGGCACUGCAAAAAAUCCACCCAAUACAUUUGAAGCUGCAGAAAUGUAUUUUUUAAUAGGACAGUGCUACAUGGAACAGAUCUCUUUGUUUGAGGCAUGUGAUGCUUUUACUGCUGCUGUUCGAUUAUACCCACAUUAUGCAGAUGCAUUUUAUCAGCGAGGGCUAUGCAGAAUGCAACUUCAGCAAGCUAAAUGCAUAUUAGAUUUUAAUAAAACACUUAGUGUUUCACCAAAGCAUUUUCAGGCAUAUUUAAGUCGAGCUGCUUAUUAUGGGAGCAAAGGAAGAUUUUCUAAGGCAAUAAUGAAUUGUACCGAAGCCAUCAAAAUUGAGCCCAGAAGUGUGAGAGCCUACCUUUACAGAGGAGUCCUGAAAUUUUAUAACAGGACCUAUAAGGAGGCUGCUGAAGAUUUAACUAAUGCUACACUCUUGGACAAUACAUGCAUUUUGGCAUAUUAUAAUAGAGCAAUUUCCUUCCACCAGCUGAAAGAGUACAAAAAGGCUUUGAUAGAUUAUGGGAUUGUUCUUCUUCUUGAAGCAAACAAGGACAUUGUCUUGAAAGUGUUGAUCAACCGUGCAUUGCUUUACACAGAACUGGAAGAAUAUACUAAUGCAUUGGAGGAUUUUUUGGAGACAGCACAGAGUAAACCCAAAGAUACUAAACUGCUUCAGGUUAUUGGACUCUGUUGCCACAGGCUUCAGAAAUAUGAAGAAGCUGUGCAGUCAUUUUCUAAGGUCCUUAAAUUAGAUCCUUUUUCUCUGGAUGGUUACAUUGGACGAGGGAAUUCAUACCUGGAAUAUGGUCAUGUGGAAGGCACGGAACAAGCCCUGAAGGACUUCUUGAAAGCUUUACAUCUGAAUCCAAUUUCUAUAAAGGCUAGAGUUUGCUUAGGAUACAAUUUGCAGGCUCUUGGAAAGUUUCAGAAAGCUUGGGCCCAGUUCACAGCAGCCAUUCUUCUUGAUCCAAAAUGUCACAUUGCAUAUGAUGGACGAGCCAUAGUCUGUCUUCAAAUGGGUGAUACUUUUGCUGCCUUUCAAGAUACAAAUGCUGCACUGAAGAUAAUUACCAAUGCAGAAUUGCUUACAAAUCGAGGUGUCAUUAACCAAUUUAUGGGAUAUUUAAAUUGUGCCAUGAAAGACUAUCAGCAGGCUAUCACCAUUGAUCCCAAAUAUGCUUUGGCAUAUUACAAUGCAGCAAAUAUCUACUUCGUUAACAAGCAGUUCUCACAGGCAAACAACUACUAUACGAAGGCACUGACACUUGAUCCCCAAAAUGAAUCUGCAUUCUUGAAUCGAGCUAUUACCAAUACACUGCUAAAAAAUUUUGAAGAGGCAAAAGAAGAUUUUGAGAAGGCAGUUUGCCUCUCUCCUUUCUCUGCAGCAAUAUAUUUUAACAAGGCGAAUCUGUACAACAUGCUACAGCAAUAUGAGCAAGCUGAGGAAGACAUUUCAAAAGCACUAUCAAUUCAGCCUUACGAUUCCCUGAUGUACAAGCUUAGAGCUGAUAUUCGUGGCAAAAUGGGUUUCAUUAGAGAAGCUAUUGCUGAUUACAAGAAAGCUGUCAGUAUCCAAGAGCUUAUCAGCACUGGUUGAAAAUAUAUAUAGAAACACAAUGGCUUCCAUUAUUAUGGUUUAUAAUGUACAUCAUUUGUUGCUAUCUGCUGUAUUAAAUUUGCACUAAUGCCUUAAAUAUGUUGUUGUAAUGUUUACAUUUUACACAAUUUUCUGUAUUUAUCUUA